AUGACACCCUUCCUUCUGCCUCGAGCUCUGCCCCAACUCUGCUUGUCUCUCUCUCAUCGGCCGUGCACUUCGCGGUAGCCGGACUUGCGUCUCUCGCGUGGGCCCCGAUCGCGUCGCUUCCCUACAGCUCGACCAUGUCGUCUGGAGGACAUGCGACACCGCCGUGCAGCGCCACAAAAAAUGAGUUGCGACGGUGAAUGGUGUGGCCGACCCCAGCGCGUGUGUGCGACCGGAGCGUUGCAAGUUGACUGCUGGGGCGGGGUAGGCCGUUCUGUAAGCAUCUUCGGCUGCACUCCACGGCGGUAGCAACGAGACGAACCAAACGACGGGAUGCAUCAGUCCUGCGCGUCGGAUGAGAGAAGAAAGAGGCCUCACCACAGCCACGUGUUUGACAAGGCACCCACCGCUUCCUUCGCGUACAGCAGAGCGCGUCGAGCACGACAUCGCUUAUGUGCGUUCAUUUAUCGGAUGCUGCAAGAUUAUGCAGGACUCCUACGCUCUUUUCUUUUGCCUUCGUGGCUCGCGUCGGGGAUGUCGCUCCGAGAUCGGACUCCUAGAUCUGACACCAGCCACGAUCUUGUGUGCCUAGGACUGCUGGGUUAAGAGAAGAGAUGGCGUGGUGGCAGCGCCCACCCCCUUCAUCUUCUGGGUGUCGCACAAAAUUGUCGCUGGAAACUGCCAGUUUCCCCGCAACUUGCCUAGGCGCGUCCACGGCGGUGGCGGGGAGAGUUCAUCAGUGGUACGAAAAUCACUUGGCACCGCUUCAAAGACUCUGGAACUGCUCUUGGAUCCCCGCCUGGGGUGUUUCUACUGUACCUCUUGGGAAAGGGGGCUCGCAGAGUCAAGUUGCGGAAGCACAACUACCCCGUCUCGCCCCAGUUCCUUUAAGCGCUUGCCGAAGUGUUUUAUGUGCAAAGACGGAACUUCGUUUCCUAAAGUUUGAACAUUGCGACCGAUUGUAUCCGAUGAGGGCAUGUGCUGUAGGACAGGGCAUAGUUAUCCCCGCCGCGAUCAUAGCAUCUCACACGGACAUGGUGUUCCCCGCCGCGAUCAUGGCAUCUCAAACUUAGGCCGUGCUUCCAGGAUGCGGGUAGGCGUGGUACAUUGAAUGCGAGGAGCAAAGGAUUGUGUUGCGACCGGAAGAACAAAAGAAAUCAUCUGUGUUUUCGAGGGGUAGAGUCGGGUAGAUGCUGUUCCUCCGAGCAAAUAUGUCAAUUAUGUAGGAUUAUUUCGGACUGACACAGCUGAUUGAGCGAUGAGCAUGACCC